CCUCCGCCCCCCUCGGUAGCCGCACCAGCGGGAGCGGCGGGAGGAGGAGGAGGCGGCGCCGCGGGGACUGUCUCCUCCCCGUCCCUCGCGUCUCCUCCCCGCGCCACCGAGAAGGACAAGGGGACUGGGCACAAGGACCCCGGCCAGUGAGCGCCUGUGUUCCGGGACCGCCCCUCCCGCGCGCUCUUUCGCUGCGAGCCCGGGCCGGUGUAGCGGCGCAUGGUUCUGGCAGCAGCCAUGAGCCAGGACGCGGAUCCCAGCGGUCCGGAGCAACCCGACAGAGAUGCCUGCGUCGUGCCUGGCGUUCAGGGGGCCCCCGCGCCCCAGGGCCAGCGAGGGAUGCAGCCUCUGCCGCCACUGCCACCGCCGCAGCCUCAAGCCAGCCUGCCCCAGAUCAUCCAAAAUGCCGCCAAGCUCCUGGACAAGAGCCCCUUCUCAGUCAGUAACCAGAACCCCCUGCUCCCUUCGCCGGCCAGCCUCCAGCUGGCCCAGCUCCAGGCCCAGCUCACCCUCCAUCGGCUGAAGCUGGCACAGACGGCCGUCACCAGCAACACUGCAGCCGCCACGGUCUUGAAUCAAGUUCUCUCCAAAGUGGCCAUGUCUCAGCCUCUCUUCAACCAGCUGAGGCAUCCAUCUGUACUGGGCACCCCACAUGGCUCUACUGGGGUUUCCCAGCAUGCUGCCACCAUACCCAGUACCCGAUUUCCUUCCAAUACAAUUGCCUUUUCAUCGCCCAGCCAGGCACGAGGCCCAGGACCUUCUGUGAGCCUCCCCAGUCAGCCCCCCAAUGCUGUGGUGGUACAUCCCUUCAGUGGGGUGAUGCCUCAGACCACUGCCCACCCAGCAGUCAUCCUAGGCAUUGGGAAGGCUGGACCUACACCAGUUACCGCAGGCUUCUAUGAGUAUGGCAAAACCAACCCUAGCCAGGCCUAUGGUUCUGAAACAGAGGGCCAGCCUGGCUUCUUGCCAGCCUCGGCCUCGGCCACAGCAUCAGGUAGUGUGGCCUAUGAAGGGCACUACAGCCACACAGGGCAGGAUGGCCAAGCUGCCUUUUCUAAAGACUUCUAUGGACCCAAUGCCCAAGGGUCACAUGUAGCAGGUGGAUUUCCAGCUGAACAGGCUGGGGACCUAAAAGGGGAGGCUGGUGGGCUGUUGCAAGGUACGAACAGUCAGUGGGAGAGCCCCCCUGGAUUCUCUGGCCCAAACAAGCCUGAUAUUGCAGCAGGGCCCAGCUUGUGGCCGCCACCUGCCAGCCAGCCCUAUGAGCUAUAUGAUCCCGAGGAGCCUACCUCAGACAGGACCCCUCCUGCCUUUGGAGUUCGGCUUAACAACAGCAAACAGGGCUUCAGCUGCUCCCGGCGGAGGGCGAAGGAGGAGCCGGCGAUGCUGUCCGUGAGGCCUCUGCAGGCUCACGAGCUGAAUGACUUCCAUGGUGUGGCUCCGCUCCACCUGCCCCACAUCUGCAGCAUCUGUGACAAGAAGGUGUUUGACCUAAAGGACUGGGAGCUACAUGUGAAAGGGAAGCUGCAUGCCCAGAAGUGCCUGCUCUUCUCUGAAAGUGCUGGCCUCAGGUGUAUACUUGCUUCAGCAGAAGGGACGCUGUGUGCCUCCCCAAACAGCACAGCUGUUUAUAACCCCACUGGAAAUGAGGAUUAUGCCUCAAAUCUUGGGACACCGUAUGCAGCCAUUCCAAGGGCCUUUGCUCAAUCAAACCCCACGUUUCCUUCAGCUUCCUCGGGGGCGAAUCAGUUUGCACAGAGGAACGGUGCCGGGCGAGUGGUGCACAUCUGCAAUCUCCCGGAGGGCAGCUGCACUGAGAAUGACGUCAUUAACCUGGGGCUGCCCUUUGGCAAGGUCACUAAUUACAUCCUCAUGAAGUCAACUAACCAGGCGUUUUUAGAGAUGGCUUACACUGAAGCUGCCCAGGCUAUGGUCCAGUACUACCAAGAAAAGUCUGCUGUGAUCAAUGGUGAGAAGUUACUCAUUCGGAUGUCCAAGCGAUACAAGGAAUUGCAGCUGAAGAAACCUGGGAAAAAUGUGGCUGCUAUCAUCCAGGACAUCCAUUCCCAGAGGGAGAGGGACAUGUUCCGAGAAGCUGACAGAUACGGUGCAGAGCGGCCCCGUUCUCGAAGCCCAGUGAGCCGAUCGCUUUCCCCGAGAUCCCACACUCCAAGUUUUACUUCCUGCAGCUCUUCCCACAGUCCACCAGGCCCUUCUCGGGCCGACUGGGGCAAUGGCCGGGACUCCUGGGAGCACUCUCCCUAUGCAAGGAGAGAAGAUGACCGAGAGCCGGUCCCCUGGAGGGAGAACGGGGAGGACAAGAGGGACAGGACAGAUGUUUGGGCACACGACCGGAAACACUACCCCAGGCAACUGGACAAAGCUGAGUUGGAUGAGCGACUUGAAGGAGGAAGGGGCCACCGGGAAAAGUACCCGAGGUCAGGGUCCCCCAGCCCACUCCAUUCUUUGUCCAGCUACAAAGGCCGAGAAGAUGGCUACUAUCGAAAGGAGCCCAAAGCCAAGUUGGACAAACACCCCAAGCAGCAGCAGGAAAUACCAGGAAGGUCCAGGAGGAAAGACGAGGCCAGACCUCGGGAAACUCGACACCCUCCCCCAGAGGACUCAGGCAAGGAGGAUGAACUGGAACUCAAGAUCACUAGGGCUCCGGAGGGUGCCAAGUCCAAGCAGAGUGAGAAAAGUAAAGCCAAGAGACCUGACAGAGACCAAGGAGGCGCUGAUGAUAAAAAAGAAAGCAGAACGGCAGAGAAUGAGGCUGGAAUUGAGGAACAGGAAGGCAUGGAAGAAAGCCCCCCAUCAGCGGGCGGACAGCAGGAAGGGACAGAGUCCUCUGAUCCAGAAAACACGAGGACAAAGAAGGAACAAGAUUGGGAGAGCGGAAGUGAGGCCGAGGGGGACAGCUGGUACCCCACAAACAUGGAGGAGCUGGUCACAGUGGAUGAAGUAGGGGAAGAAGACUUCAUUAUGGAACCAGACAUCCCAGAGCUGGAAGAAAUUAUGCCCAUUGCCCAGAAAGACAAAAUCCUCCCUGAAAUAUAUCCCUGUGUGACAGCCACCUUAGGUUUGGACUUGGCCAAAGAUUUCACCAAGCAGGGGGAAACCAUAGGGAAUGGGGAUACAGAAAUCAGCUUCACGCUGCCCAGACAACUGCCGUCUACUUCCACAAGCUGUCCCAAUGACACGGACAUGGAGAUGCCUAGCCUAAAUCUGGAUGCUGAGCGGAAGCCAGCUGAAUGCGCGACAGGCCUCUCACUGGAGGUCUCAGAUUGCUGUGAGAAGGAGGCAAGAGGAGCAGAGGGCUCAGAUGUGCGUCUGGCCCCCACAGCCCAGCAAAUGUCUUCCCUCCAGCCAGCAGAUGAGAGGGCCCGGCAGUCCAGCCCUUUUCUCGAUGACUGCAAAGCCAAGGGGUCCCCUGAAGGUGGGGAUCAUGAAGUCAGCCCCCUGGAAGAGAAAGCCAGCCCCACUACUGAAGGCGACCUCCAAGGCCAGGCUUGCCAAGGCGCGUUGACCGAGGAAAACUCCAGGUACAUGGAACUGAAAUCUCUGGAUGUGAGAUCGCCAGACUUCACUGAGGCAGAGCUGAAGGAGCCGCUUUCCUUGCCUUCCUGGGAGCCGGAGGACGUGUUCAGCGAGCUCAGCAUUCCUCUAGGAGUGGAGUUCGUGGUUCCCAGGACUGGCUUUUACUGCAAGCUGUGUGGUCUGUUCUACACAAGCGAGGAGGUGGCCAAAGUCAGCCACUGUCGCAGUCCUGUCCACUACAGGAACUUACAGAAGUACUUGUCCCAGCUGGCAGAGGAAGGCCUGAAGGAGACGGAAGGGGCAGGCAGUCCAAGCCCCGAGGACAGCGGGAUUGUGCCACACUUCGAGAGGAAAAGGCUUUGAUACGGCUGCUGCCAUGGCCACUGUCUCUGGAAGCUGGAUAGGAAGCCUGCUGAACUAGGGCCAGUCUGGCCUCGGGGACAGAACUGAGAGCAGAGAAGAAGGAUAGCCCGGCAGGACACGGUGCUUGGGCUUGUUCCCAGAGACGAGCAAACUCACCCUUCUAAGUCCCGCCCUCCAAGGGUGACCAGCUUCCUGUUUCUUCUGUUUUUCUCUCUUCCUCUCACCUAGCCCUUCUGUGCCAAAGUUCAUUUCCUUUCCAUAAAAUCCAACUUCUCAGGGACUGUCACUGUGUUCAUAUUUUUGGUUGGUUAUGGUAGGUCAGUCAAGUGAGGGUGGGUCAUGUAAGGAAAAAGCUUAACAGAAUCCCUGGAUUUAGAGUCCCUUCAGUGAGCCUGAGGUGGUCCUGCAGUCUGGCUUCUGUGUGUCCCAAGAGUAGGGGAGCUGAGCCAGGUUCUUCAGUCUUGAGAGGGAUCACGGAUGAAUCAGUUGGCAGAGGUAGAUGUGGUUUCCUCCAGCUGGGCCCCACCAUUAUGAAAAGGCUCCUUUUUUCUUUCAGUUUUUGGCUAGUGCUGGGAAUUAAACCCAGGACCUUGCACAUUCUAAGCAGGUGCUCUACCACUGAGCUGUAUGCCUAGCCCAGAAGCCCUGGGUCUUUGUUUUUCGGCUGAUUCUCAUGAGGUCCAGGGACUGCCUUGAAGGGUUACCUUGAACUCCUGAUCCUCUAGCCUCUACCUCUUGAGUGCUGUGACUAUAGGCAUUGUGGUACUGGGAAUCAAACCCAGGGCAUCCAGCAAAAAGGCAAAGACUCUACCAACUGAGCUAUGUGCUCAGCCUUGACACCCCCAUUUUCAGAAAGUCAUACAUCCUCAGUUAUUCUAGAAAAUCACCAGGCUAAAGCCUUAAAGUAAAAUCAUAUUAAUUUUAUGGAGCAAAGAAGAACCCAACAUUGUAGAAGCUCUGGUAGAUCAAAUCCAAACUUCUUCUUGAUUUAAGGAUGGGCCUGGAUUAUUCUAUUCAAGACGGUGAUGUUGGGUAGAUUACAGUUUACCUCAAUUUGAGGUCAGCCACAGCUUCUUCCUAUAGUUAAAGGAGGAAAUUGGUGUGGGCCCCGGGUGCAUGCCGACCCUGGUGAAUCAGCCUAAGUCAGGAUCAAGGCACUGGCAUCUGAACUUGAUUCACCCUUGGUGCCUCUACUCUUGGGUACUCUGUAUUAGAAUGAUUUGAAAAUGAUCCCCCAUUGAAGGAGAAAUUAAAACACUUGUUUUUCUGGGGACUUUUAAGUGGGGAUGGACAGACCACUUAGGCCGAUUUGGAUGUUAAAAUGCUAGGAAAAACGGAUCCCUGACUCCCAAUGGGGUCAGCACCCCCAUCCCAUGUGGGCUGAAGGGUCUUAAUGGAAGGUCUUGGACAAGUGCUAGAGGACAUGAGCUCCACUUGAGCCAUUGAGUGGACCCAGGGUCAGAGAGAGCCUGGUACUGUCUCCAUGAGUGGACAUGCCUCCUUUAAGGUUUUCUCCAUGUGGAUGGUUUACCUGUGUAAGUUGCCUGUUUAUGUUUCCAGGUAAAGGCAAGUAGACUGGACAGGGGUCAUGUCUUUUCUUCCCCCUUACAUUGCCAUUCUGUACUCUGUACACAUGGAAGAAGAAUGGAGAAAUGAUGUUGUUCAACACCAACAUUUUAUCAGUGAAGAAACUGAGGCACAGAAAAGAAAUGACCAUGUGUAAACCUUGAGGCCUGUGGUUCCUGGCCAGGAAAGAACUUUUGGAACCUAUGAAAGAGGAGUUAAGGCCACGAGAGGAGGGAGACAGGCCAGUCUGGAAAGGGGUGAUGGGAAGUUGAAGCUUCAGGAAGGUGGUAUCCACAGUGUAAAGAUUAAAUAGUGUGUCUCAGUCCCCACCAUUCCCCUGGUGGACUCCCCAGAUGAUAACCCAGCAUUGUGGUCAUGACACUGUGGUCAUCAGCAAAGUCUCUCCCAUUUCUCAGAAAAACUUUGACUUCUGGGAACAGCUGUUGGCCACACCCCUAAACCCAUUAGCAGCUCCAUCCGAGACGAGACCUGCACAUUAGCAGAGGCUGGACCCUUUGUCUUUUAGCAGAGUGAGGCAGACCUCACCAACACCGCUGGCUCCUGUGUUAGUGGCAUUUCUGUGGAAAUCCAUGUCCCAGUUCUCAAGCAGAGAGAGGGCCCCCUUGAUGGUAAACUGACCUGAUGAGCACUCUGGAAAAGGCCCUCCAAAGGGAAAAAGAAAAGGUAGUCUCUACUUUUAGUCACAACCUUCAGUUUAAAGUCAUGGAUGAUUCUAUACUUGUGUGUAUAUAUGCAUAUAUAUUUAUUUUUAUAUAAUUCUAUUGGCAUGGUCCUUGCACUUUUUGUUCCUAUGUGUGUUACACGCAAUGCAGUAGUAAAAACAACCAGGAAGAUAUUGAUUUCUUUUUUAAAACUUCUAUUCAGUGUUUCACCAAUCAUUUCAAAAUGUCUCUCCCCAAGGUUGCUCAUGAACAGUUGCUACCUUGCACAAAAGAUUCAUUUGCACCCUGAGUGAAUGUAUGGAAAGCCUGUGUUCUCGUAUGCUCACUGUGAGCACCUGGAGGUAUCCAGGUUGCAUUCGCAGGGGCUUGGGUGAACUUGUUGAUAUGAAUAGGAGCCAUCAGUGCUCAGGUUUCCCAUUCUUGGACAGUCCGAGGCAGUGAUCUGUUAAGAGUAUACUUGAACUGGACCAGAGAUUGUUUUGUGAACUUUUGAGAGAAACAGGACUGCUAGUUACUUUAAGUUUGAACUCAUUUUUUUUUUCUGAUCUAUGUAAUUGACCCAAAGUGUUUGUUUUUACAAAAGGAAAAAAUGGUUUUUAAUAAAGAAAAUUUGAAAGCUUC